AGUUAUCAUGAGGAGAUGCUGGAGAGAUCUCCACGCAGGGAGUUCCUCAACAGCUACUCGCGGCAGCUGCUGCUGCGCUACCCACACAUGGCCGAGCAGAUCAGUGCUAGGAUGAGCCGACUGAAUUCCCAGUGGAGCACCCUGGAGCAGACCACGGCGCCCAUGCACAGUAGACAGGAGACUGACACCAUGCUGCAAGAUUUAGAAUGUGACCUGAAGACGCUGAGACACUGGUUGAAUGCGGUUGAAGCCAAACUUCUUCCACUGACCAUUAAUCCUGACUGGACAGAUGCAGAGUUGGAGGAACGGCUUCAGCGGCAUCAGGCGCUACAGCGUGACAUAGAAUCCCACAACAAGAUAGUCAAUGCUGUUCUCAAGUUGAGCGACCGCCUCAAGCACGAUUCCCAGGCGUCUCGGCACGAGCGGGAACGAGAGUCUCCCCAGCUGGUGGCCCUCAACCUGGAGAGGCGCUGGCAUGGGAUCUGGCUGCAGUCGCUAGAGUGGCAGUGCCGGCUCGAGGAGGCCAUCUCUAGGAGGAAG